AUGGAUAGUCCAGGAGAUGGCAAUCUGAUGGUUCGAGAAGGCAUGGAUCUUUCGGAUGUGUCCCUCCUCGAUGAUAUGCUUGUCUUCCGUGGAUCACAGCCGUGGUUUCUUCGUGCGUCGACCUUCUGGUUCUUCUCGUUGAUAUUAUUGUCGUGGCCGUUGCGAAUCUAUGCCGAAUGUCGCACGGCGAUGCUCAACUAUCAGGUCACAAAACUCUUCGGCACCUGCUACUUGAGUCCAUCAUCGGUGAACUAUACGGGUCCACUGACACGAACCUCGACAAUGGAGACGGUAGAACUGGAAGCAGCGCUGGGAAGAGAGCAGUACUUCGUUGUCCCGUCCUACUCGGAAGCGAUGCUUGAUGCCACACGCAACCGUGGUAAGCACUAA